AUGGCUGCAAGAAAUGCACCAGAUCUUCUCAAGCGACCUCUCUACGUCUAUGAUCUUCCCCAAGAAGUCCUGACAACACUCUCCCUAAAGCCCGAAGCCUCCAUACCCGAACAAGCCCCUCCGUCGCCUCCCUCGAAAGACACAGCCUCCUCCGAUCUUGUCGGGUCACAGGCUUGCUCACUAUGCGGAGUCACUUUCCCCACCGUCAUCGAUCAACGGAGCCAUCAGAAAUCCGAUUGGCACCACUACAACUUGAAGCAGAAGCUGCGCAGCGCAAAGCCGGUAUCCGAGAAUGAGUUUGAAAAGUUGAUCGGGGACCUUGACGAGAGUCUAUCGGGAUCAGACUCGGAAGAGUCCGAGGAUGAGGAGGUCGACCUGGGUCGCAAGGAAUCCACACUCACGGCAUUGUUAAAGAAGCAGGCGACGCUCACCGACAAGUACGCAUCGCCAACCGCAGAUUAUAAUGACGGAGAAGAAGACACCAUACGACGCAGAGGCAAGGGCAAUCCGCCUCUGAUUUGGUUCAGCUCACCAGUUCUCCCAUCGAACACAUACUUUGGCCUCUACAGGGCUAUCCUCAGCCCUGAAGAGCUGCGCGACGAGACAAAGCUGGUGGAAAUCGUUAGAAAGAAGCAGUUGGACCCAAUAGCCGCACCCAAAGUCUCGAAAGAUGGUGCAGCACCACCACCAGCGGCAUACAAAGGUCCUCACUUCUUCUUGUGCAUGAUUGGCGGUGGCCAUUUCGCCGCCAUGGUCGUAGCAUUGCCGCCACGACAGAACAAGUCUUCCGCAGGCGCAAUGAAUCGCGAAGCUACUGUACUUUCCCACAAAACAUUCCAUCGAUACACGACUAGACGAAAGCAGGGUGGUUCGCAAUCAGCCAACGACAACUCCAAGGGAAAUGCCCACUCGGCCGGUGCCAGUAUCCGUCGGUACAACGAACAAGCUUUGGUGGAUGAUGUACGCAAUCUUCUCCAGGAGUGGAAGGGACUGCUUGAUACAUCUGAGCUUCUCUUUAUUCGAGCAACGGGGGCAACGAAUCGAAGAACACUAUUCGGACCGUACGAUGGACAAAUUUUGAAACAUAACGAUGCGAGGAUACGAGGGUUCCCGUUCAGUACACGAAGGGCGACACAGAACGAGUUGAUGAGAUCUUUUAUUGAGCUCACAAGACUCAAGGUCAGGGAAAUCAACCCGGAGGACGAGAUUAAACCGAAAUCAGACGCCCCUACUCCUGCAAAGACUGCCGCCCCGAAGCUCACGAAGCCGAAGCUUACAGAAGAAGAGGAGACUGCAUUAUUACACACAUCGCAGAUUCAGGCGUUCAUCCGGCGCUCGAAACUUCCAGCUCUACUAUCCUACCUCAAGACAAAUGAUGUGUCUCCCGACUUCCAAUUUCAGCCGGCAGAUCAGAACCACCACUCACCAACACCCCUCCACUUGGCUGCUCAUCAGAAUGCUGCGCCUCUAGUUCUCGGCCUCAUUACGCGCGGCGGUGCAUCUCCUCUGGUCACCAACAAAGACGGCAAGACUGCGUUUGAACUCGCAGGAGACAGGUCAACAAGAGACGCUUUCCGGGUCGCGAGAUCAGAGCUUGGCGAGGACAAGUGGGAUUGGGAGACCGCACGCAUACCAGCACCUCUUAGCAAGACGGAUGCCGAGAAGCGUGACGAGAGAGAUAGAAAGGAGAAGGAUGAACAGGAGACGGCAAGACGGCGUGCCGAGGAAGAGAGGUUACGGGUCGAAGGACCCAAAGUUGAUGGCAGGAAGCCAAAGUCUGGCGGUCUGGCGGCUAUAGCUGCUACUAAGACGGCACAAGAGAAGAGGGUGGAGGAAGCUAGGGGCCUCACGCCGGAGAUGCGAAUGAAACUCGACCGAGAGCGGAGAGCUAGGGCAGCCGAAGAGCGCCUCAAGCGCAUGCAGAAUAAUUCAUAG